AUGGGCCAACUAUGUGAAAGGUGUCAUUCAUAAUUUUGCCAACGAACUGAAGUUGGAGGGUCAGUUGCCUGGCUUCAAUGCAGUAUUUGCAUCCAAUGUACCAGUGGGUGGCGGUUUGUCUUCGAGUGCAGCAGUUGAAAUGGCGACUUUGACUUUCCUGGAACAGUUGACCGGCAAACAAUUGGAGAGCAACAAGAAACGCGCUCUAGUAUGUCAAGCCGCCGAACACAAGUUUGCUGGUAUGCCCUGUGGCAUUAUGGAUCAAAUGAUUUCCGUAGCUGGACAAAAGGAUCAUGCGCUGCUGUUAGACUGUCGCCCUGCGGAAUGAUAGUGUACACUGCUAACCACUGCACCACAGCGGUCACCGAAAAUAUCUAAACAGUCUAAAUAAAAUUACACAAAUUACAAAUUACAGGUUAAACAUAUUAAAUGCAUUACAGAAUAUUUGCUGAUGCACCAUUUUUGAGCAUGCGCAAUCAAAUAAAUAGCGCUAAGCAUUAAAAGUGAAUUAAAACGCAUUUUGUGUAAACAACUUUAUUGAAAAACAAACAAAACUUAAAUAAGUAAUUGUAUAAGAUCUAUA